AUGUCGUCCAGUUCUCGUGAGCAUGAUGAAGGCACCACCGAAGUUGACCCCCGCUAUCUGGAAACGGUCACAUACCAUAACAGGGAGUUCCAACAGCAUUCCGUAGAGAAUUCAAUAUAUUUCUCGCCUAUUGACGAGGACGAGAUUGAGCGCCUGACGCGCCAGCACAGGCUUCUUUCCAUCGUCUUCGACGAACGCCUCGUAUUCCCGCCCGUCAAUAACCCAAGAAGAAUCCUCGACUGUGGACAUGGAUCUGCGUCAUGGGCUGUCGAUGUAGCUGAGCAGUAUCCGCGCUGUGAGGUCUAUGGUGUCGACAUAAGCAGCCACAUGCAGCCAGAUGAAAUACCUGUCAAUCUCCAUCUCCAGGUCGACGAUCUCAAUCGAAGAUUCACCUUCGCUCGAAACUCAUUCGACAUAGUCCACUCCCAGCUCGUAGCAGGCGGCAUCAACGCAGCGCGAUGGACCACAUACCUUCGAGACCUAUUCCGCGUCACAAGACCAGGUGGUUGGUGUCAAAUGGUCGAAGUCUAUUACCAGGUUCAGUCGUACAACGGCACGUUGACCGAUGAACAUGGCCUUCGACAGUGGAGCACACAAAUGUUCCAAAGCAUGGAAGGCCUCAAGGAUCUCAGGAUGCCUCUGCACCUGGCCAAUGCAAUGCGGACCGCCGGGUUCGUGGAUAUCGAUCAUAGAAUGAUACCUUUGCCCACGUGCGCAUGGUCCGAUGACGAACGAGAACGAAGGAUCGGCGCCGAAAAUAGAGACAACGUCCAGAGCUUUCUAUCCUCUCUGGCAAUAUACCCGUUAACUGAGAGGCUCGGAAUGGCACCGAAUGACGUUCAGCUUCUGAUAGCCCAUGCCCGAAAUGAAGCGGAUAACCCCGUGUUCAAGGCGUAUUUUCCACUAUAUGUUUGCAUUGGUCGAAAGGCGCCUCAGUCACGAUAG